AUGGCCACACCCCGGCUUCCGUUCCUCUACCCGAGUUUGAUGCGUGCGGUUCGCUCUUGCGAACCGAACACGUAUCGUUCUCUCCAAUAUCCUGGGCUUAAACGAGGGUUCCAUACUACCCGGCGACGCGGUCAAGAAACCUACCAGCGGCGCUAUGGUCCAGCUGUCGAGCCCAACCUGCCUCCUCCCUCACGGCCCAAGGACAGCCAAUCGACCCAGAAUCCGGAUGAAACAGUGACCGGUAAAGAGACGGCUCAUACAGCUGAACAGAGCGCCCCCGUUUCAGAAGAGUCACAAGCGCAACCACAGUCGGAGUCGCAAGCGCUGCAGGAGGAUAUACAUGUGGACAGUGCAGAUGCUGCCGCGUCCGCCGCGUCCGCCGCGUCCGAACAAGCGGCUACCGAAUCAACGAAGCCCCAUGCCACACUGGAACCUGCGCGGGACGAGGAAGACACAGCUGCCGAGGCCGACACAUCAAAUGCUUUCACACCUCCACCCUCAAUGUCUGCAUCCGGUGACGUCGGGGAGGAGAUGUCGCAGAUGCCGCCCUACAUGAACCGCAGCGCUUUCGAAGAAGUCUAUCACAUGCCCUCUCCGCCUACCGGCCUCACGCCAACGGAAGCGCAAACAUCACACAAGCCGCCGCAUAUGAGCCCAGCGCCUUAUGUACACCAUUUCGAUACAUAUUCCCUCGUUCUUGAUCUCUCCAAGGGCGGAUAUACGAAGGAGCAGUCUAUCACUAUCAUGAAAGCCGUCCGCACCAUACUCCGGAACAACCUUGAUUUCGCCAAGCAGAGCUUGACCUCCAAGUCGGACGUGGAGAACGAGGAGUACCUUUUCAAAGCGGCCUGCUCGGAGCUCCAGCAGUCCCUGCAGACCGCGCGGAACUCUGAGGUUCAAAGACAGCGUGCAUCCCGGACACAGUUGGAACAUGAAACGGAUAUCUUGUCCCAGCGUCUUAACCAGGAGCUGUCGGGUAUGAAGGAUGACAUCAAGGGCAUGUUCAAUGACCAUAAAAUGGCCACGCGAGAGAACCAGCGCACCAUUGAUACUAUGGUUCAGGAAUUGAACUACAAGAUCACUGUCUCACUCAACAGCGAUGGCAAGAGCGAGAUCGAGGGUCUGCGGUGGAUUCUGACCAGACGUGCGGCUUUGACGGUCGGCAUCUGUGCUUUCAUGAUCAUCGUCUUCCUUAAAUACUCCUCUGUUCGCCGGGUCCAGGAGCCCAAGAAAGCCACAGAGGCCGAGAAGCCCGUUACCAAGGAAAUUACCACUGAAACUCGGGUCGUCCACAACGCAGGGGUCCAGACCGAGCCCCCCGUCGUGGAGGCACACCUUGGUGAAUCUUUGGGUUAA